UCCAUUUUGUUAGCUUUUUUCUCCUUGCAUCUAAACUUUCUCAUGUCACACUUAUGCAUUUUAAUUGCCUUGCAUCUAAACUUUCCAUUUCAUUGCUUUCCAUAUUUUCCUCUUCUUGAUUCCCAGAGGAUGGUUCGAGUGAAUGAUGUGAUACUCCAUUAUACAUUUGCUUUAUCUCUUCUUUCUACAAAAUCAAGUAAACUAAUUCAUUCUUUUCUUUUUCCACAAGAAAAAUUAAUCAAAGCUUUAAUACUAUCAUAUGGUGCCUUUUGUUUUGCAAAAUACUUGACGUGGACCUGACCAUGGUGCAAUUCCUCUUGUCUAUUAAUGGGGGGUUGCUGAAGUUGGCCAAUGGACAGGACAAAACAUGGUGUGUUGCGAAACCUUCCUCCAAUGAUACAGCACUUGCUUCCAACAUACAGUUUGCCUGUUCUCAACUUGGAAACCUGGGAUUGAGCUGCGACAUGAUAAAAGAAGAUGGAAUCUGCUUCAACCCCAAUACUCUCAUCAACCAUGCAUCUGUAGUCAUGAAUUCUUACUACCAUGCCUUUGGCCGUAACAUCUGGAACUGUGACUUUAGAGGCUCUGCUCUAAUCACUAUAUCUGAUCCAAGCUAUGGAAGCUGCCAGUAUCCAUAGGAGGUUUGGGAUUUUUUGUUUUUUUUCCCAGCCAAAAUGGUAAUUUUAUAGAUAACUGAUAAACAGUGAGGGGCUAUAAUAAACAGGUUUGAGAUGCAAUAUAUAUUUGAAGGCUUCUGGGUUUAGUCUGCAAUAAAAUGUAGCCAAAGUCUUUAUUA